ACAGAGUUAAUCUCAGCAGGCACCGGGAGAACAGAGUGGAGAGAGGCUCCCAGCCUCAGGAAUAACCAAGCAGCACUACUAAGCAGGCCCUGACUGCUCUCCCUGGUGGCUGCUGAUGCCCUGCAUGCCUCCAGCUGGGAAAGAUCCAGGGGAUAACUGAGUGUGCUGUGCCAAGAUAGUGGACCUGAUCCACAGGUCAGCUCAAAACUUCCAGCGCUCUGUUCUCCCUUGCCCAAGAGUGUUAGUCGCCUCACUCUCCAUGGAUGUAUGCCGUGAGCAGCUGCAAUGAAGACUUUCCUCUAGGCAAAACAAUGCUGUUUUGACGGACUUGUUGCUAUUGCUGCUUCCAUGUUUUUGACAAAAUCUUUGGGGUACUGAGAGGAUUUUCACCUUUUAGCCAGCAUACAUCUGCGGGACUGCAAGAUUGAGUUUGUUCAAUCUUGUAUUUUGGCCAAUUCUGGGUCAGCUUGUUUUGCACCAGGAGCAAAACAAAUGAAACAGUCAAGACUAAUCACUGCCAUCACAGGUGUGUGUGUGUGUGUGUUAAAGGUGUUCAUGUGAAUUCAAAGCAUCAGGUGUUCAUGAGCGUUUAUUAUUGAGAAAAAAAUAGUGUGCUGCUGCAAAUUUGAGUAUACACUAUUGCUGCUACUUUCUUUGUGUGUUAGGGUGUGCGCUUGUGUUUGUGUGUAUGUCAGAGAUCAGAAGUGUUUAAAGUUUGUGUGUUAGGCGGCAGGGCCUGUGGACAUUGUAGCCCUGGAUUUCCUAGAAAUGGAGGGUCAUAGUUAUGACCGGUUUGGGGAUGGUGAGAGGGACAACUACCAGAUUGACUACCGGAGGAUUGUAGGGGACAUGGAGCCAGCACGACCACGCCUCGCAAGCAGGGAUGGAGAACAAGCCCACCCUUUUGGAGUCUAUGCCCACACAAGUCCACAUGGACACGGGCAUGAAACUGCAGCACAGCGAUACAGCGCCACACGUAUCCAAGCCGGAUAUGAACCAGAGAGCAUGGCUGACUACUUGAUCAGCGGAGGGACAGGAUAUGUCCCUGAAGAUGGACUAACAGCACAACAGCUCUUUGCUAUAGGCGAUGGGCUCACAUACAAUGACUUCUUGAUCCUGCCUGGCUUCAUAGACUUUACCUCAGAUGAGGUGGAUCUAACCUCUGCGCUGACAAGGAAGAUAACCCUGAAGACGCCUCUCAUUUCAUCUCCCAUGGAUACAGUCACAGAGUCAUCCAUGGCCAUCGCCAUGGCACUGAUGGGUGGGAUUGGAAUAAUCCACCAUAACUGCACUGCUGAGUUCCAGGCCAACGAAGUGCGCAAAGUCAAGAAAUUCGAGCAGGGCUUCAUCACAGACCCAGUGGUGAUGAGUCCCCAUCAAACGGUUGGAGACGUGUUUGAGGCCAAGGUCCGCCAUGGCUUCUCUGGGAUCCCUGUCACAGAGACUGGCAAGAUGGGCAGCAAGCUGGUCGGCAUCGUCACCUCUAGAGAUAUAGACUUCCUUUCUGAGAAGGACCACAACAGACCCCUACAGGAGGCAAUGACAAAAAGGGAAGAUUUAGUUGUCGCACCAGCUGGUGUCACGCUAAAAGAGGCUAAUGAUAUACUGCAACGCAGCAAAAAAGGCAAGCUUCCCAUAGUGAAUGACAGUGAUGAGCUUGUGGCCAUCAUUGCCAGGACUGACCUGAAGAAGAACAGAGAUUACCCUCUAGCUUCAAAGGACUCUCGCAAACAGCUGCUGUGUGGAGCUGCCAUCGGCACCAGAGAAGACGACAAGUACAGGCUGGACCUCCUCAUGCAGGCUGGGGUGGAUGUGGUAGUCCUGGACUCCUCUCAAGGAAACUCAGUAUAUCAAAUCAACAUGAUAAACUACAUCAAACAGAAAUAUCCUGAACUUCAGGUCGUCGGGGGAAACGUGGUGACAGCAGCUCAGGCCAAAAACCUGAUCGAUGCUGGUGUGGACGCCCUGAGGGUGGGGAUGGGCUGCGGAUCGAUUUGCAUCACCCAGGAAGUGAUGGCGUGCGGACGGCCGCAAGGUACAUCAGUGUACAAGGUGGCAGAGUAUGCCCGACGUUUUGGAGUGCCAGUCAUCGCUGACGGAGGCAUCCAGACUGUUGGACAUGUGGUGAAAGCUCUGGCCCUGGGAGCUUCCACAGUGAUGAUGGGGUCAUUGCUUGCUGCAACCACUGAAGCUCCUGGAGAGUAUUUCUUUUCGGAUGGUGUUCGUCUGAAGAAAUACCGUGGCAUGGGCUCCUUGGAUGCCAUGGAAAAAAAUAACAACAGCCAGAAACGCUACUUCAGUGAGGGAGAUAAAGUGAAGGUGGCUCAGGGUGUUUCAGGAUCAGUACAAGAUAAAGGCUCCAUCCAUAAGUUUGUUCCUUACCUCAUUGCUGGUAUCCAACAUGGCUGUCAGGACAUAGGAGCCAAGAGUCUGUCCAUACUGCGAUCCAUGAUGUACUCCGGAGAGCUGAAGUUUGAGAAGAGAACCAUGUCUGCUCAGGUGGAGGGGGGAGUGCAUGGCCUCCACUCAUAUUCUUUUGUGCCAUUUAUGAGAAACGGCUUUACUGAGGGAGGAGGAGGAGGAGGAGGAAUCACUCAGUCAGCACCAAAUGUCCCAUCACCAGCAUCAACAAGCAGAUACAAUGGAGGCAUAUGAUCAAACUACAAACAGAAAGCCAUGGUGGCUGUACAACGUCACCGCUCCAGAACCUGACUUUGCUCCUUUUUCUCUCCCUCUGUUGUUCUUGUUUGUCUCCUCUGACCCCUUCAAGGAUUGAUAUUACAUCACACUUUAACCUGAAGACUAAACUUCAAAAAUCAGGUGUACGGGCUCAUAGAAGAGAGUCACGUGAUUGCACACCACCUGGGAUCUUAAUCUGUGUUUUCUUCCUCUCUGUCCAAGGUGUAGCGGGGUAAUGUUAUUGGAUGGGUGAGCCAAGGUAACACAUGGCAGUUUAGCCUUGGCUGAAACUGCUCCUCUGAGCUCUUUCUGAGUUACAUGGGCAGCCAAGGAGACAUAUAUCAAGCGUGUCAUUGCUUAUCUAAAGAGAGGUGUGCCUUCCCUUUGGCGUCUGAGUUGCACCCUGACAGCAGAGCAAAUACAACAGAUUUUGCAAAGGUACAGCCCAGCCCUUACAGAUUCUGCAUGUUUAUGAACUCAACAUAUCAAAUAUUUGCAGGAACCUAGACAGUUAAAUUGUCGGUUUAAAAAAACUGCCUUUGGCAACACUUGAAAUUUAUAUGUAAAAAUUGCUUUUUUUUCUCCAACAAGGAAAGUGAUGAAUCAAAGUUAAAUAGCCUCUGGCAGUACUGCAGCUCUCUGCUGAAGUUCAAAGAAAACUCUAGCAAGUUUAAGCAAAUUCUAAGUUAUUGUAUAUUUACUCAAACUCACACUCACUUAACCUGCACAUAAUACUGAUUAAUUAAGCACAGUUAUAUUCUAACUGGCCUCCUUAAGGUAUCACAACAUUGGAUUUCCCUCAAAUUAAGCAAGUUCAGAGCAAUGUUCAAACAGGUGAAAAAUUCAACCUGUUACCGGAUAGAAAUGUGCGUCUUUGAAAAGGAUUCUCUGGGUGCACGCUGUACAUCUUGAUGGCUUAGCUUGCAUGUCAGUUCUGUAUUGUAAUCUGUGUCUCAGCUAUUUUUUAUUAUGAAAUCUGCAUACAUGCUACACUAGUGCAGAAAGGACUAAAGCUAAGCAUCAGCCUUAACUCAAAUAAACACAAUGUAACCAGAGCGCCUUAAAGGGGAAAUUCAAGUAUAGUCAUAUUCUGGAUUUAUUUAUUUUGAUCUCUUUUAGUGUAGAAUACACUUGGCAGCAAAAUGUUUUAUGACUGAUAUCGAGUGUCUCUGAUUUGUUUGACGACGGGAUGAUUGUGUGAUGAGGUGUGUGCUGUAAAAAUAAGCUGAUACAUUAAUGUUGUACCACAACAGAGUAUCCACCAUCAAGUAAGUAUAUUUUUAAUUGUUUCUUGUUUUUACUUUUCACUUUCAAAUGUGAACUUACCUGACUAUAACUCAAAGCAACACUCCAUUUUUUUGUAAGAUGGCAAAACUACAAAGGGUUCUGAUACAUUUCCUUUGACAUAAACAAUCCUACUUUGUAGAAAAGCAUCAUUAUUAACAUGGCAAUGGACUGUAUACAUAAGAUAGAUAAUAUAGCUUAGAUAUUUUUCUUCUUUCAGGCUCAGAACGUUACAAAUGAAAUGGUGAGUCAGUGGAGUAGGGUAAUCACUUAACUGAUAAACCAGUUUUGGUUUAUUGGUCUAGGGUUGCAGUCAACAACAUUUUUUUUUUUUUUUUUUUUUAGUUGAUUCAUCAACUUUUAAUAUUAUUUUCACAAUUUCCUUGAACGUUCUAAACACAUUUUAAUAUUAAAACAAUAUUUACAUAAACUAGUCUUUCAUAAACACUGGGUCUUAAGAGGUCACUUUGCUGCAAUUUUACCAUAUAGAUGGACUAUGUCAUUAGUUUACAAAAUGACAAAAGGUCUUACUCCUAGAAAUUGUCUACUUCCAACAUUCAUCCUUGGAUUUCAGAAUUAUAUUAGUUGUACAUAAUUUUGCAUGAAUAAGAAUAAAGAGAAUUUUAACAUAG